AUGUCCAAGACUAUUUUCAACAACGUUGCGCUGCUCCCACCAGAUGCUCUUUUCAACAUUAAGCAGAGAAUGUCCCAGGAUUCCAGAAAGAUGAAGGUCGACCUAGGAAUUGGAGCGUACCGUGACGAUAGUGGAAAACCAUGGGUGCUUCCAAGUGUGCGUGAAGCGGAAAAAUUGAUUCAAGAGGAUCCUGACUACAAUCACGAAUAUUUGAACAUUACCGGCCUAACAUCGCUCACUGAUCCUGCAGCUAUGGUGCUCUUGGGUCAGGACUCUUUGGCUCUCAAAGAGGGCCGUACUGUCUCUGUUCAGUCGCUUUCUGGAACAGGUGCUCUGCAUAUGGCAGCCAGUUUUUAUUCCACGACGUGUAAGGACAAAUUAGUGUAUUUAUCGGACCCCACUUGGGCAAACCAUAAGAGUAUUUUCGAGGGCAAAGGAUUGAAAACUGCGACUUAUCCUUACUGGAACGCGGCAUCAAAGUCCUUGGAUCUCGAAGGAUACCUAAAUGCCAUCAAAACGGCGCCCCAGGGAUCGAUUUUUGUGCUACAUGCUUGUGCGCACAACCCUACAGGCUUGGAUCCUAAUGAAGAACAAUGGGCUACAAUUUUGAAAGCUAUUGUGGAAAAGGAGCAUAUGGUUCUGUUUGACUCUGCGUACCAAGGCUUCGCUUCCGGAAAUUUGAACAAAGAUGCCUUUGCCGUUCGUCUCGGGUUGGAGCUUUUGGCUGAUGUAACUCCAGUUAUCAUCUGUCAGUCGUUCGCUAAAAAUGUUGGAAUGUACGGUGAACGUGCCGGCUGCUUCCACCUUGUCUUGCCACACCAAGAUGAGUUCGUAAAGAUGGCCGAUGUGAAAGCUGCUAUCCAAUCCCAACUCGCUUUGAUUACCCGUAGUGAGCUUUCCACUCCACCGGCUUAUGGAGCCAAGAUUGUUGCCCAAGUUCUUAACAAACCAGAGCUGACCAAACAGUGGCAUGCCGAUAUGGUAACGAUGUCAUCCAGAAUUAUCAAAAUGAGACAUCUGUUGAGAGACGCCUUGGUUAGUCUUAAGACCCCCGGAAACUGGGACCAUAUUGUUGAUCAAACCGGUAUGUUUUCCUAUACUGGUUUGAGUGCUGAAAUGGUUCAAAGAUUGGAAAAAGAACAUGCAGUUUACAUGGCAAGCUCUGGUAGAGCUUCGAUUGCUGGCUUGAACAGCGGUAAUGUCGAGCAUGUGGCAAAAGCUAUCAACGAAGUUGUGAACUAUUUUGGUACCUCUAAAUUGUAA